AUGGGAGAUUCCAAUUCAAGUUCACCCAUCCAUUGGCUGGACCUCCAAGCUUCUCUGCCCAACCCUGAGCUCACCACGGUCCUAGGGAUCAGUCCAGGAAGUGCGGAUUUGGGUGAGCCUGAGUGCUAUUACUUUGAGGAGUAUGAGGCUCCAAGGAUGAACCCCUCUGUUGUGGCUGCCCACAAGAGGAUUGGACUUCUCCAAAAGUUCAACAAAUGGCAAGGGAAAGCCAUUGGAAAGAUGCAAAAGUCCAUGGACAAGAUGGUGAGCAAGAUCAAAAGUUUGGAGAAGAAAGUUUCUGGUUCUUCAAGCAAGAAGAAGAAGGCACCCAUGCCCCACUUUCCCUAG